UUGACAAAAAUUGUUAAUGCUUUGAUGGCUGGUGCAGAGAUCGGUGGACCGAUGGCCUGUUUGUAUCUCUUGAAGCAUGAAGAUCACUACACAAACUACUCUUUCAAUGUAUACAUGUGGAAAAGUUUUGUGAGAGAAGUAUGUACAGCCUGGGAGGAUGAGAAUCCAACUGCCGCAGCAAAGAUAUUCACCAAUCCAGAGGCUCUGGAAAAAGUCAUAUUGAGCAAGUUUGUACCGUUCUCUGUCACAGAUGAUUACAUAUAUAGACCUUCUAUCUUUAAUGGAAUGUGCCUGUACGAUUGGAUA